AUGCCAGCGAGACCAAUUAAUAUUUCUUCCUUCAAACCAACUCCUGAGUUCCACGCUGCCCUUGUAAAAAAGUACGAUGUUAAGGGUAAAGCAGUUGUGGCUACUCAAAGUAAGCCACCCAAGGUUCCAACUUCAACUAGGCAACAACAAGAAAAGCUAAUGUCUGGAGGUUUCCCCAAGCCAACAUCAGCCCAAACAACUGCUGAACUUACUCCUGAAGAGGUUGUUAGUGAAGAAUUAAAUGAUGCUGAUGAUGAAGUAAAGAUGAUGUCUCAGCAGACUGGUGGUCUUGAAGCACUCAAGAAGAAAGAGGAAGAGUUCUUUGCCAAUAGGAUGAAAAACUUUGAAGAAGGUCAAAGGCUUUACCUCAAAUCAAGAGAAAUAAGGCAGAAGAAAGAGGAGAUCAUGUCAGUCAAGGUCACUCUUUCUCAACAAGGGAUGAAUCUUAGCCUUCAAAGAAAAGGUGUGCCCAAGUUGUAUAAACUGGAAAAUGUUACUAAAGAUACACUUGGGCCAACUGAAUGGAUUGAAAUCUACAAGUUGGUCAAGGAUAAGACAACUAUGACUUAUGAACCGUUGAUCGAGAUGGCGGGCAAAAAGAAUAAUACGACAACAAUCAUAGUCGUUAUCGUGGUAGUCAUAGCUGUCAUAAUAAUUGCUUCAUUUUAUAUCUUUAUGAGAUUGAGGAAGAAGAAAGCAGCUCCCCGACCUCUGCCCAAACGAACUAUUGAGAGCGAAACUAUUGAUAUUGGCACCGUUGAAUCUUUACAAUACGACUUUAGUCCAAUUAAAGAAGCAACAAAUGAUUUUUCGGAAGAAAAUAAGCUUGGUCGAGGUGGAUUUGGAGCAGUUUACCGGGGUACAUUAAGAGAUGGACAGGAGAUAGCAGUGAAAAGACUAGCAAACGAUUCUGAUCAAGGUGAUAUAGAAUUCAAGAAUGAAGUUAUGCUAGUUGCGAAGCUUCGACAUCGUAAUCUAGUUAGGCUGCUCGGUUUUAGCAUAGAAGGGAGUGAAAGACUUCUCAUUUAUGAGUUUUUACCAAAUGCAAGUCUUGAUCACUUUAUAUUUGAUCCAACUAAACGGACACUUCUUGAUUCGAAAAAGCGAUACGACAUCAUUAUAGGGAUAGCCAAGGGGCUAUUAUACCUUCAUCAAGAUUCCCGUUUAAGGAUAAUUCAUCGUGAUAUGAAAGCAAGUAAUGUGUUACUAGACGCCGAAAUGAACCCUAAAAUUGCAGACUUUGGCAUGGCAAGAUUAUUUAAACCAGAGGAAACUCAAGGUGACACGAGUCGGAUUGUUGGAACAUACGGGUAUAUGGCACCAGAAUAUGCCAUGCAUGGCCAAUUCUCUGUGAAAUCAGACGUUUUUAGCUUUGGAGUGUUAGUGCUAGAGAUGGUAACCGGGCAAAAAAACCAAUGUUUUCAGAGUGGAGAAUGCACUGAAGACCUUCUUAGCUUUGCAUGGAAAAGCUGGAAGAAUGGGACGACUUCAGAUAUGAUCGAUCCCAUAUUGAAAACUGGAACGGAUUCAUCGCGUGACAUCAUUAGAUGUAUUCACAUUGGGUUGUUAUGCGUUCAAGAAAAUGUUAAUGACAGGCCAACCAUGGCUUCAGUUAUUCUAAUGCUUAAUAGCUUCUCAAUCACACUUCCCAUGCCAUCUGAACCUGCGUUUUUCAUGCAUAGUAACAUUGAUCCUGAAAUGCCACUCCUCCGGGAAUAUAGUUCUUCAACGGAGAGCAGUGGUUUAGAAAAAUCCAAAAUAUCAAAAUCAAGAUCAAGGUCAUCUCAAUUCUCCGUAAAUGAUGUUUCAAUAUCCGAUUUUGUUCCUAGAUAAGUAUUGUGCAU